CCUCUGAACGUGGUUCUGAUUUCAGACAGUGUGAAGUCACUUACCGGGAACCGCGCCUCCACCACCUCACCAGCAUCUGUAAACUACUGCAACCAUGAAGAUCUGGAUGUCAGAGCACGUAUUUAACCAUCCUUGGGAGACGGUGACCAAGGCUGCCAUGCAGAAGUAUCCCAACCCCAUGAACCCCAGUGUGAUCGGUGUGGAUGUUUUGGACAGAGACAUCGACAAACAGGGACGCCUCCACAGUAAAAGACUGCUCAGCACAGAGUGGGGUCUUCCCUCCAUAGUCAAAUCUAUCAUUGGUAACUCAAGAUCAUACACAUAUAUUCAGGAGCAGUCGGUUGUGGACCCCAUAGAGAAGACUUUCGAACUUCAGUCCUCAAAUAUCACUUUUACCAACUUGGUCUCUGUGGACGAAAAAUUAACAUACAAACCCCACCCUGAGGAUAAAGACAAAACAAUACUGACUCAGGAGGCGAUCAUUUCAGUGAAAGGAGUCAGUCUCAGCAGUUACUUGGAGGGAGUUAUGGCCAGUUCCAUCUCUGCAAACGCUGGAAAGGGCCGUGAAGCUCUGGAGUGGGUAAUCAGGCGACUGAAUGCAGAGAUCGAGGAGCUGACAGCCACAGCACGGGGGUCCAUACGGCCCCCCAUGGCCGCUGCUGUCACUGAGAAAUGACAACCGCCUCUAUUUUCCAGCAGAGUCAGAGAGAAACUGCAUGCCAAUCCAGCCAGCCGUUUUAUGGUGCUCUGAUUCUGUUUUGGUGCUCUAGAGUUUUUUCGAUCAUACUAGGGUACAAUUUAUCUAUCUCAUAUACUUUUUACUAUCUACAUUAGAUAUAUUUUUAAUAGCAGACUGCAACAUAAAGUGAUUCUGUUGAGUGUCUCCAGGCAAUGCUGCCUGGCAGGACCGCAUUGAUGAGAGACUCGAUCAAGGACAUGUUUAGACACCACUGUUAUCUGUGGGUUUGAAGACCUCAAGCAAAGAACUAUCUGAAGCACUGGAUGAACUAAAAACACAAGAAAAGUGCCAAAGAAGCACUCGCACCACUCUUUGUCCAGCACAACGCCAGCCAGUAUGACUUCUCUUUUGACACUGACGGCCACAAGAAAAACACUUAUAGUAAAGAAAAACAGUUAUGGUGAGAUUUGUAGAAAGGACCAUAAAGAAUACUCCUGUCAAGAGAGCAUGGCACAAAACAAUGCCUUGAAGAGGCAGGAGUCAUGUGCAAUAAAUGUCAAGGGUCCAUGGAAAUGGUUUCAGGUGUCGGAGAGUAGAGUUUGUCCAUGUGAUCAUCGACAAUGUGACGUCAAUGAAGUGUUUCCACGUCAGGUUUAUUUUUGUAACAACCAUCUCCUAAAAAACACUUUCUUUCGGGACCUCAUUUAUAACAAGACACAGCACUAGUCGACGUUCAUAAGCCUGAAUAAUAACUGUGAUUUGUUUUUAUGUGAUAACUAAUAUUGUUAUAAAGGUAUUUAAGUUAAAUGAAGGGAUCAAGGUGUUUGCCAUGUUAAGGUUUUUGAAGUAAUGUCUAAGAACUUUUCAAAUGCUGCAUCGGUAUUACUUUUGAUAUGAAUCACUUGGAUGUGUGUAGAGAGGACAGUACACACUUACGAGUUACAGAUUCACUGUAUAUGAAUGUGUUUGCUAAACUCAAACAGUUUUAUCAGUAUGCACAAGACUACUUUAAGCUAAGACCUUUGAAUUGACUUUUAUUCGCACUUACAACAUUUUCACAAAGAAAAGCUGCUACACAUGCUGAAAAUGAAUCUGUGAAUGAUAUCACUGUUUGAAUUUGAAAAGGUAUUUCUUUAUGUAACAGACAGCAGUGUGAUGAUGGUGAAAGAUUUACUUUCUUUAACAUAAUAUACAAAUAUAUUUUUUUAUCUGUAAUGGGAAUAUUUAUUUCGAAAAACGGUUGUUUUGAGGUAUUAGUUACAACUUGGGUUGAACAUUAAGAAAUGUGAUAUAUCACUUGUGUGACUCCAAUAAGAAAAGGUGUCACCAACUGCAGAAUGUGACAACAAAAUAAAAUA